UUUUGAUUCCGUGUUUACCCCAAAAUGUAUCGCAUUCUUCACCGUGCUUUUUGCACUGCCGCAGAACCAGCAACAGUGAGCAUCAAGUCUAUUUCGGAGGAUUUAUACAAAGAAGUAAAGUUAAAGAGGUUGGUGGAGAAGUUCAAGAAAGCUUCCGACAUUGACCGGUUUCGCAAAAAUACCGGCAUUUACGAGGAGACAGUGCGGCGUCUCGCCGGUGCCAAGCGCUUUCGGUGGGUUCGCGACAUCCUCGAACACCAAAAACAGUAUUCCGACAUUUCGAACGAGGAUUUCUCUGUGCGCCUAAUAUCCCUUUAUGGCAAAUCUGGCAUGACCAAACACGCCCGCAUGGUGUUCGACGAAAUGCCCCAGCGAAAGUGCAACCGCACCGUGCUCUCUUUCAAUGCCCUCUUGGACGCAUACCUUCACUCCAGGAAGUUCAACGUCGUGGAGAAGCUUUUCAAGACCCUUCCCACUCAGCUCUCAAUCGAGCCUGAUUUGGUGUCGUACAACACUUUCAUUAAGGCUUUUCGUAAAAAGGUUUCCUUUAAUUCGGCACUGUCAGUUCUUAAGGAGAUGGAGGAGAAGGGUGUGAAUCCUGAUUCCAUUACGUUUAACACUUUGCUUCAUGGGUUGUAUUCAAAGGGAAGUUUUGAGGACGGUGAGAAAGUGUGGGGGCAAAUGAGUGCUAAGAAUGUUACUCCUGACGCGACGAAUUAUCUUUUUAGGUUGGUGGGGUUGUUGAGGGAGAAACCGGAUGAAGCUGGUGAGUUUUAUAGAGAAAUGAAGAAGGUGGGUGUGAAGUUUGACCUCUUUUGCCUCAAAGCUGUCAAAAAUGCUAUCAUCAAAUAUAUUGUGAAUAAAGGUAAUUUGGAUGAGGUCAAGAAUUAUUUAGUUAUGAUUGCAAAACUUGAUCUUGACCUUGAUAAAAACAGUUACUCUAUACUUAUUCCCUUCCUGCGUGAGAAGGGUGAUUGGAAGACCGCAAUUGAUUUGUGUUUUGAGAUUUUAAUAAAUCGGGGCCGUGUUGAUGUAUCGUUGAUACAACUUGUGGUGGAUAAGCUGGUGGAUGGAGGCAUGAUUUCAGAGGCGAAGGAGUUUGUGGAUAUAGGGAAGGAGUUUGUGGAUAUAGGGAAAGAAAGCUGUCGUUAUAGGGUAAAUUUACCUAGUUAUGUUAGUUCUUAGUUGCACUUUGUUAUUGGUCUUGCAAUUUGAUUGGUUUUGUUAUGAUGGUGAUUGAGAAAUUGUGAAUAAUGGCUUUUGUUUGGCAAUGUGAAUUCUUUAAUGUGAA